AUGGCCAGUCCGAACUCGAGCCCGAGCCCGAGCUCAAAGGUGGCGGAGCCAACGGCGAGCUUCGUCGUCAUCCCCGCCCAGUAUGGCUCGCUCGACAACUCUCCCACACCUGGAGUCGUUGUCGCCAUCGUCCUCGGCUCCGUCAUCGCCGUCCUCGGCAUCUUAUCUCUCCUCUACAAGGCCAUCAGCCUACGACAUAGCCCCCGCGCCACGAUGGUCGAUGCUGAGGUAGAAACUGGGCACGACAGACAUCGGCCCCAACACCACCAUCAACCACAACGGCGUCGCCGCCGCCGUCACCGACGACGACGCAACAGCGCUGAGAUAUCCGAGGUGAGACGUGUGCCCAACAUCGGUGAAAAAAGCGAUGGCGGCGGCGAUGGCGGCGGUGGCCGGGAUGGAGCUCGCGGUCCUAUCAUCGUGGAGGCGCCACGGGUGUCGUCACAGGUGCCGGGGCCAGAGCCGCAGGUGAGCGGCGCGCGGGACGAUAUUGCCGACGACGAGGUGAUAGUCACCGAGGAGCACAGAGCCUCGCCGCCGCCGGCGAUGCGGAGGAGUCGCAGACAUGGCAGCCGACGCCGGCGUGUUGACGAGAAGCGGUACCGCGACGCUGCCGGCGCCAACGACCGGGUCCCGCGCGAGGACCGGCGGAGACGCAACCGUCGCUCCGGCAGCGGAAACUAG